AGAGAGAGGGGCGCCACAAUAUGAUGGACCUUUUUGAGACCAACCCUUAUCUUUUCAAUGAUUUGCGCUAUUUGGAAGAAGGGGAUCAUGGACCACUACAGCACCUGGACAUGUCCGGGGUGUCCCCUCUGUACAACGGCAAUGACAGCCCGCUGUCCCCGGGCCAGGAGAACGUCCCGUCGGAGAGCGGGGGGGAGAGCAGCGGGGAGGAGCACGUCCUCGCACCCCCGGGUCUCCGCGCGCACUGCGACGGCCAGUGUCUCAUGUGGGCCUGCAAGAUCUGCAAGAGGAAAUCGGCGCCGACGGACAGACGCAAGGCCGCCACGCUCAGGGAGAGGCGGAGGCUGAAGAAGAUCAACGAGGCGUUCGAGGUGCUGAAGAGGAAGACCGUGGCCAACCCCAACCAGAGGCUACCCAAGGUGGAGAUUUUACGCAGCGCCAUCAGCUACAUCGAGGGUUUACAGGAUCUGCUGCAGACGCUGGACGAGCAGGACAACACGCAACACGGCUCAUCGCACAAGUUCAAAGAGCACAGUGUGGCCAGUCAUGAGUACCACUGGAAAAAGUCCUCCGAGACCUGGCCGACCUCUGCCGACCAUUCCACUGCAGCCAUGAUAAACCAGAGAGAAGGAACCAGUGAGUCUUCUGGGGCCUCCAGCCUCCUGCGUCUGUCCUCCAUCGUGGACAGCAUCACCAAUGACGACAAAAUCCACUUCAGCGAGGGCGUUUGAGAAAACUGAAACGAGCUCCACUAGACGGCAAAUUUCGGAAAUUUACGUUAUUUAUGUCUCUAAGUUAUUUCCUUUAUAUUCAGCCAUUCUGGCUUUUCUGUUUUGUUAUGUAGUCUUUCAUUUGUAAAGCAGGAACAACACAUUUGUACAUAUUUUAUAAUAAAGUGAUGUUUAGAUUUUAUUUAUUUUAUAUUAAAAAAACAUAACGCUUUUUUUUUCAUGAAAGCUGAUAUUGUAUUUAAAUGUUUGUACAUACUGACCAAGACCAUAAAUAAAACAAUGACUUCACA